GUUUAGACGUAGUAAACUACCGAGGUAUGUACAUCUUCUCAGUCCGUUAUUUAUUGACUAAUGCCACGGUCGGACUCUAUCGUACGACACGCACUCGUUGCUAGGGCACAUCGCUCCGACCGUCCGACCGGCCACUUCUCCCCGCUUGCGACAAGAGCAUACCUGAGUGCCACGCGCACUCUCCUUCCAACAGUUGCACCCACUGCCUUGCCUCAGCCCUAGCUAACCACUCCAGCCUCAGCCCCUCUUGUCCAUGUGCCCCGCCCCCUGAUCUGGCUCUGGCACUUUGCGUGUGGUCUUGCAUCCACGUCGCCUUCUCGACACGCACAGUCUGAGGUCCCCCCAAAGGAUCUUGGGUCCCUCCCGCCAUGCCCCAUGCUCACAAUCACGCCCGGGCUAGGACAGCCCCCUCUCCCCUCCCCACUCUCCAAUGGACGCUACACACCCUAUCCCAGUGCCUUGUACCAGCGCCCCCUCAACCUCUGCCUCCUCCCUACACUGCCCACCAUCCGCCCCUCAUGCUUGCACCUUGAAUGGCCCAGUGCAUGGCACCAUGGUGUUGGUUGCAUCGAAGAAGGUCAGCCCAGGUUGACUAGAUGAGAGCCCAGAGUAUAAUGGAGAGUCCCAGAGUAUCGAUGGCUCGUUUGUGUUGAACAAUGGCAGCCAAGACCGGUGCCAUGUCCAAUAACUCAUGACACCACUUGGG